ACACCUAUAAAUAGCAGUUUUGGGGGGUGUCCCAAUGCACCCCGUGUCCCAAAGCACCCUGUGUCCCGAAGCACCCCGGUCUCCCCUAUUUACGCCGCUCGGCCACUUGACUUUGAUACUGAGACCGAUCCUGAUGUAUUCGUUUGUAUACAUCAGGUGUGUCUGUUACAGAUACAGAGUAUACAAGGGCUGAUUUUGUCUUUGUGGAGAUAAGAUGACAACCUCCCAGAAGUUAACAGAACACUUCCUGACAUGCACGAUAUGUACAGAGGUGUUUGACAAGCCCUGUACACUUGUAUGUAAUCACACCUUCUGUCGGAAAUGUGUGGUCAGCUACACCAAAACCAGACCAGAAGCCAUCAGUGCCAAGUCUCUCCUGUGUCCAUUCUGCAGGAAGAUGACGAAAGUGUCUGCCCCUGAGAGACCAGUGGAGGAGUGGGCGGAUGACGUCAAGCCCAGCUUUGUCAUCCAGGGUCUUUUGGACUCGUUUGGCCCCGGAUCUAAAGAUACGACUCACUGCAGUUAUUGCAAGGAGGAAGGGGAGACAACUCCAGCUUCAUCUUGGUGCUCUGUUUGUGACGACGCACUCUGUGAACGAUGUAUUCGAGUACACAGACGAAUUCCAUCUUCCCGACACCAUGACGUAGUUGACCUGUCUGGAGAGACAAAGGUGAAGGUCAAGAGAAAGGUCAUGUGUAAAGUUCACAAAGAUGAAAAUAUCAAAUAUAUUUGUAAAGAUUGUAAAACAGCUGUUUGUCAAACAUGCUGCAUUAUUCAUCACAGGAAAUGUGACUUGGUUGUUGAAAUUGAGUCUGAGAUUCCUGCAAUGAAAACCGAGCUGAGAAAGAAUAAAGAGGAUUUGUUGAAGAAACACAACGAGAUGAAAACACAUGUAAGAACACAAACCUCCAAAGUCGAUGACGCAUUAACGCUUUACUUACAAAUAGAAUCGAAUAUCAAGUCUGCAGGUCUCAAAGCAAUAGAGGCGAUCAAAGUCAAGGAACGGAAACUUUGGGCUGAACUGAAAGAAAUGUCUGACAAACACAUUGGAGAACUGAAGGCAGACAUAAAGUCAGGUGAGAUGUCAGUACAGAUGUACCAACAACAGGCUGAGCUGAUAGACCAGACUCUACAAUCUGAGUGUGACAUGGGUGUGUAUGAGAUGUACCAGGGAUGUGAGGCCGGUGAUGUGGAGGCUGUCGGAGUCACAGACGUGAAGGAGAAGGGAAGAAUAGCCAGGAUCAUGUUCAGACAGGACACGGACAAGCUGAGUAGAGCACUGGACGAUCUACAGCUGGGUGAGAUAGACGUCCUGUAUGAGGAUGUGCUGGACCUGAAGGCUACUCCUGUGUUACAGGACAACAUUAACGUGCUGGACCUGAAGGCUACUCCUGUGUUACAGGACACCAUUAACGUGCUGGACCUGAAGGCUACUCCUGUGUUACAGGACACCAUUAACGUACUGGACCUGAAGGCUACUCCUGUGUUACAGGACACCAUUAACGUGCUGGACCUGAAGGCUACUCCUGUGUUACAGGACACCAUUAACGUCAGAGUAGCAGGAGAUACAUAUGGCGCAAACCUCUUUGACGUGACGGUGUUAGUGGUGAAUGAUACAGACACAGUGGUAGUCACAGACGAUAACAACAACAGUGUGAAGUCCUUCUACACCAGGAACAAGCAGCCAGGUCACAGCAGGCUCAGUGUGGGUGAUCCUCCGUGGGGUAUAACAAUGUUGAAUGACAACCAGGUGGCUGUCACUGUGCCGGAUACCAGAGAGAUUGUAACAGUACAAGUCAACCCUGACCUGGUGCUGCUGUCAACCAUCAAAACCAGCAAACACUACUACGGUAUAACGUCUCUGACACCAUCAACACUCGCAGCAAGUUCCAUCUCCCCUCCCUGUGUUGAUAUCCUGGGUAUGACGGGACACGUGCUGAAGUCAUUAUGUCCAGGCCAACCAAGUAGAUACAUCUUGAAGAUUCCCACCUUCCUCUGUACCACGAGGACAGGAAACAUCCUGGUGUCUGACUGGGGAUCCACGUGUGUCGUGUGUCUGACUCCCGAGGGAGACGUGGUGUUCACCUACAGCCCUACAGGAGACACAACACUGAAGUAUCCACACGGUAUCACAAGUACCAGCACAGGCGACAUCCUGGUGACAGACCACCAUCUACACAGAGUCCUCCAUCUGACUGAGUCAGGGCAGUUUGUUAGAAACAUACUGACAUCACUGGAUGGUGUCCAGUAUCCACGUGGAGUGUGUGUUGGUGGGCGUGGCCGUAUGUACGUGUGUACACCAGAUGGAGUGAAGGUAUUUACAUGUAAGUGAGUGAACAUGUCACAAUUCUCCUUUCAAAAAACUAUAGUCACGUCUUUGUUGGGGGAUUUAAGUGUAGUGAUAUGUGUCAUUGUGUAUUUACCUGUAAGCACCUUUCACUGUAUUGGGUAAAAUCAAAUUCUACGUUUGUGUUGAAGCUCUCAUCUUAGCCUUACUAUUUGAAUGUGAUGAAUGAAGAUUUAACUUGUUUACACAUUCUUCGUGUACUGCUCGCAUUGAGAUCUAUUCUGAGCAUUGUCUAAUUUUAUAUAUUAUGAACUU